GCAAUCCAAUCCCAUAUAUAAAUACUCGCAUAGGCACCCUAAAACCCAAAACAUCAAUCACUUUAGAUUUUUUACACUUGACACUAAAGUCUAAACCAGCCAUGGAUUUUACAAAACUUCUUGCUUUAACAAUAUUGGCAAGCAUUUUUGUGUUGGGUUCGGCUAACUUUUACAGAGAUUUUGACAUAACGUGGGGAGACGGGCGAGGUAAGGUGCUCAACAACGGCGAGCUCUUGACCCUGUCCCUAGACAAAGCGUCGGGGUCGGGGUUUGAGUCCAAGAACGAUUACUUAUUUGGGAAAAUCGACAUGCAACUCAAGCUCGUCCCCGGAAACUCUGCUGGAACCGUUACUGCAUACUACUUACGUUCGAACGAAUCGGCUUGGGAUGAAAUAGACUUUGAAUUCUUGGGCAACCUUAGUGGCGAUCCUUAUAUUCUUCAUACAAACGUUUUUAGCCAGGGAAAAGGGAACAGAGAGCAACAGUUCUACCUCUGGUUCGACCCAACUGCAGAUUUCCACACCUAUUCUCUUCUCUGGAAUCCACAACGCAUCAUAUUCUCUGUGGAUGGUACUCCAAUUAGAGAGUUCAAGAACAUGGAGUCGAUUGGAGUCGCGUACCCGAAAAACCAACCGAUGAGGAUUCAUUCUAGUCUGUGGAAUGCUGAUGAUUGGGCUACAAGAGGAGGACUUGUUAAGACAGACUGGUCUAAAGCUCCAUUCACUGCUUCUUACAGAAACUUCAAUGCUGAUGCUUGUGUUUGGUCAAAUGGUGCAUCUUCUUGCAAUUCUGGGUCUGGGUCUGACUCUGCUUGGUUAUCUGAACAACUCGAUGACACAAAGCAGGGUAGGCUUAAAUGGGUACAACAGAAUUACAUGAUUUACAAUUACUGCACAGACACUAAGCGAUUUCCACAAGGUCUCCCUGCAGAAUGUGCUGCCAAUUAAUCUCUAUUUGCUCAUUCAAUGUUUUGGUGAUGCAAUUCUUUCGUUCAUUGUUUGUAGUUACAGAUUGAUACUUUAUAUGUAUUAUAUUUACAUCAUACAAUAAAAGAAUGAUUUGUUAUAUGUUUA